GGUCACUAAUUUAAUUAUUAUUCAAAACAAUUUGGCACCUCUAGUAUAGUACUAUUGUGCACCUAUGGCUAAUGAACCCGAAAAGGUUGUUCCACCCGCAGAAGCAUCGGUGGCAGAGCCAGAAAAGGCGGCUCCGCCACCGACGACCGGACCCACCGACUACUUUGCGGUGGCGGAUGUGGUGUUGAGGUUGUUAGUAUUUGCUUCAGCAUUAGUUUCUGUGGUGGUCAUGUCAGUUAGUAAGCAAACAGAAAUGGUUCCAACACCAUUUCCACCUUAUCGAGCACCUCUCCCUGCUAAGUUCAAUCAUUCACCAGCACUUAUCUAUUUUGUAGCAGCAUUCUCUGUGGCUGGAUUUUUCAGCAUAAUUACUACACUUGGCUCCUUGUACUCCCUCACUAAGCCUGGUUGUUCUGCAAAGAUCAUUUCCCAUUUCAUUAUCAUUGAUGUUCUUUUGCUAGGGAUAGUAGCAUCAGCAACCGGAGCAGCAGCAUCAGUGGCAUACAUAGGACUAAAAGGCAACACUCAUGUGGGAUGGGGAAAGGUUUGCAACAUGUAUGGCAAAUUCUGCAGAUACCUUGGAGCUUCCAUUGGAGUCUCAUUGUUCUCAACCGUUCUGCUUCUUCUUCUUGUUCUCCUCUCUGUAUACUCUAAGAAGAUCCCAAAGUAAACAAGCUAGCCACAAAAAGUACAAUUCUUGAUGUAUAGCAGAAAACCCCUUGUUAAAUGUCAGCAUGUGAGAGUCUGUUAUUAAGUACUGUUCAAGUUUGUGUUCUUUGUGUAUGUUUGUCUCUUUUCUUGUGUAGCCUUUGUUUAAUUCGACAUUACACCAGUGCUUGUAUAUGAAUUCAAUCAUCUCUACCUGUUUUGGGAUUAACAAAAGUUUCCAAUU